UUGCCCCUGGUAACGGGGGAGGCUGUAGGAGGAGGAGGAGGAGGAGGAGGAGGAGGAGGAGGAGGAGGAGGGAUUCGGCGGGAGGAUGGGCUUACUCUCAAUUUUGCGCAAAUUGAAAAGUGCACCGGACCAGGAGGUGAGAAUCCUUCUCCUGGGCUUGGAUAAUGCUGGCAAGACCACCCUUCUGAAGCAGCUUGCGUCGGAGGACAUCAGCCACAUCACACCUACGCAGGGUUUUAACAUCAAAAGUGUACAAUCACAAGGUUUUAAACUGAAUGUAUGGGACAUCGGUGGGCAGAGGAAAAUCAGACCAUACUGGAGGAAUUAUUUUGAAAAUACUGAUAUUCUCAUAUAUGUGAUUGACAGUGCAGACAGAAAAAGGUUUGAAGAGACGGGUCAGGAACUAGCUGAAUUACUGGAAGAAGAAAAGCUAAGCUGUGUGCCAGUGCUCAUCUUCGCUAACAAGCAGGACCUGCUCACGGCGGCCCCAGCCUCUGAAAUUGCAGAGGGACUGAACCUGCACACCAUCCGUGACCGAGUCUGGCAGAUCCAGUCCUGCUCAGCUCUCACAGGAGAGGGCAUUCAGGAUGGCAUGAACUGGGUCUGCAAAAAUGUCAACGCAAAGAAGAAAUAAAAUCGAGACGAAUGGAGGCGCAGGAGCUGCGGGAGCCGAAUUCGGUCCUGGAAAACACUAAUUUGCUGCUUUCUGACCAAAUGUUUUUCCAUCUGUGUACAGCUACAGCUGUUAGAAGAGAGGGAACAACACAGCUCAAAAAGAAUACCCGUCCCAGCAGUAGGUUCAACUGAUCUCUGAGGUUCAGUAUCAUUUUUCAAAUAAAGGAAUUAUAUUAUUUCCUCUGCAUAAUUGAAAUAGUAUUAAAUGUC